AUGAUCGUCCCGCGCCUCCGAAUCGCUAUUCUCGAGUGUGAUGAGCCCGUUGGCAAGACGAAAGAGAAGUACGGGUCAUAUGGCGGGCUGUUUACAGAGCUGCUUCAGAAUGGAGCAAAGAGACUGGCAGAGUCAGAUCACGGAAAGAAGCCUGAGCUGGAGAUCUCGAGUUUUGAUGUGGUGAAGAAGGAGGUGUACCCUAAACUAGAGAAUGUGGACGGAAUACUUCUUACUGGCAGCAAAUUCAACUCAUUCGACAAUGACCCUUGGAUAUUACGGCUUGUCGAAUUCACGAGAGAAGUUUUGAAGCAGAAGCGAGUAAGACUGAUAGGUGUAUGCUUCGGGCACCAGAUCAUCGGACGGGCAAUGGACGUCAAGGUCGAUCGGAGCAAGAAGGGCUGGGAGGUCAGUGUAGUCAAGGUUGCAUUGACCGGGCGAGGGAAGGAGUUGUUUGGACUUGAAGAUUUGAAUAUCCACCAGAUGCACCAAGACAUCGUCUUCGAAUGGCCAGCGGAAGUCGAGCACCUUGGCUACACAGAUCGAUGCGAAGUGCAAGGCAUGUACGUGAAGAACCGCCUCAUGACCGUGCAGGGACACCCAGAGUUCAACGGCGAGGUUGUGUCUGAGCUGCUGCAACGAAGACACGACCAGGGUAUCUUCAACGACGAGAUGUACAACGAAGGCAUGAGCAGAGUACAGAAGCAUCACGAUGGCACGGCUGUUGGGGCGGCGUUCUUGAAGUUCUUGUUGGAGAAAUAUGGAGUCGUAUUGGAUGCUGGGAGCAGCGGCAGCCGAGUCUACGUCUACCGCUACAAGACCGCCGAGUAUGUGAAGGGCAAGAAAAAUACGAAGGAAUUGGGCCGACUGCCCAAGAUCGAGACGAAGAAAUCAUGGAACUUCAAAGUCAAACCGGGCAUCUCGACGUUCGGCGACAAGCCAGAGCGGGUGGGCGAGGAGCACCUGAAAGAGCUAGUUGCGUUCGCCCAAGAGACGGUGCCGAAGGACGAGAUCGAGAACACGCCUAUCUUCUUGUUGGCGACGGCGGGCAUGCGACUGCUGCCCAUAGACCAGCGGGAGGCGGUUCUGGAGAACGUCUGCUCGUACUUCCAGCAGCAUUCGAAGUUCCAACUACCGGAUUGCGGGCUGCAUAUCCAAGUCAUACCAGGAGAGACGGAAGGGCUGUAUGGAUGGAUAGCGGCCAACUACCUGCUGGAUGGCUUCGACAAGCCGGAGAAAAAUGGACAUGGCGACGGGCAUCAUACGUAUGGGUUUCUGGACAUGGGCGGCGCAUCUGCGCAGAUUGCGUUCGCGCCGAAUGCAACUGAGGCGGAGAAGCAUGCCAAUGAUUUGCAACUGCUGAGGUUACGGACGGUGGAGGGAGAGGCGCUGGAGUAUGAGGUAUUUGUGACAACAUGGCUGCGGUUUGGCGUGAACGAAGCUCGGCGGCGGUAUGUGGAGCACCUGCUAGAGGCAUCACCAGGAGAACGUGAAGUCCCAGACCCUUGUCUACCGGUUGGACUCAUGAUCAAGCCUACCGGGGAGGAGAUUGAGCCCGGCUCGUCCGAUGCGACUGGCAAACAAACCCACCUCAUUGGCACCGGAAAGUUCUCAGAGUGCGUUAGGAGUACUUUCCCACUCCUCGAGAAGGACAAGAAAUGCGAUGACCCUCCAUGUUUGCUCAGUGGCGUCCACACUCCUGCCAUUGACUUUGGCGUCAACCACUUUGUCGGUGUGUCUGAGUUCUGGCAUACCACGCACGAGAUCUUCGCCAUGGCACACAAAGACCGUGCAUACGAUUUUGAGAGCUAUCAGAAGCAGGUUUCCGAACUAUGCUCACGGAAUUGGGAUGACUUGGAGAAGGAUAUCGAGAAGGAAACAUGGGGUCGCAAGGUGGACGAGAAGACGGUAGAAGAGGUUUGCUUCAAAGCCAGCUGGGUGAUCAACAUGCUGCACGACGGCAUCGGUGUACCCCGUGUUGGCCUGGAGCAAGGCCAUCACCCGAUAAGUGGAGAGUCCAACAAAACGACCGAGCUUGUCGACAGUGCAGCCGACAAAGGCUUCCUGGAUCCUUUCCAAGCGGUAAACAAGAUCGAUGGAACGGAUGUGAGCUGGACGCUCGGCAAAAUGGUACUGUACGCAUCCUCCCAAAUGCCACCAGCCAAGAACGCGAUGGCAGUCGGCUUCGGCAGCAACCUACCCGGCAGCAAACUACCACCUGACUUCCAACACCCUAGCGGAGAGCUCGCCGAACCGUCGUCAACAUCUAGCAGUUCCACGGGCAGCAAAGACUGGCACGACCGCCUCCUCGGCUCUAGCCCCUCCCACCGCAUCCCAGGCCUUCUCAUCUUCCUCCUCAUCCUCGCACUAGCGAUGUACCUCCUCUGUGGCCGUGAGCGGCGGCAAUCGCUCUGGCACAAAGUCACAGGUCGCCGACCUUCGCCUUCGCGCUCAAGGUGGCGGAAAGGCGCUGCCAACGGCUUCUUAGGCGGCAAGUUCUUCGGCAAUCACUCGCCUUCCUACGAACGCGUGCUCGAAGACGCUGCGAACCCGGACGACUUCGAGCUGGCUGAUGUCCCGUCAGACGACACUCACUACUCCGACUCCAGCAGCAGUAGUCACAGCCGCACGGGGCGAAGCUCGGGCUGGGCUACACCUGCUACUCGAGGACUGUCUCCUGACGUCUCGCGCCCUUCGCCGAAGAAAGGCUACUUCUCCGAGUCCUCAGGUGGUGCAGCUGGUUUGGGCAUCAUGCCCUUCGACCGCGGGGGUCUGACAGUGCGGACCGAGAGUCGUGAACGACUAUCGCCUGCGCCGAGCUCGCUGGGACGGAGUAGAACGGGCAGUCCGCGAAGAAGUCCGCUCUUUGCGCCGACGAAGGAAAAUGUCGACUGA